GUCGCUGCUCCUGGCCACAAGGCGAGCACCUGGACGAGCUCUGGUGUUCACGGUCACGCAGCGCACCGCAGCUCUGGAAAACACCCAGAUCAACUAGCCCUGUCAAGCAUCCAUUCCGGUUUCUGUUUUUUUUUCAGGGUGCUCACAUCUCCACCUGUACCCAGUGUGUAUAAAAGGAGAGCUCUCUGGCAGUGUAGCGGUGUAUGUGACACUGGGGACCUUAGGCGGCUGACGAGCAGCGAAGUUCUGAGGCGUUUUGAAGAUGCGGCCACAGGGACGGUGCCUCUUUGGGGUGGCAUUAGUUAUGCUGCUGAUCGCCACUUCUGAUGCCGUGCCCGUACCUGAAGAAGCCCCUGAGUUGGAAGAUCUGCGGGCUUUGCCCUCCGUCCCACGACAAACGUCACCAUUGAUGGCUGCAAUGGCGCCUCCUCUCCCAGAUACACCAGGUGAUGCAGGCGACGUGAGCCGCGAGAAGAGGACACUCUUUAAGAAGCGCCCAUUCUCCUCCGGCUCGUGUGGUGGCGGCUGCUGCGGAGGUUGCAGCGUGUGUGGAGGCUGUGGAGGCGGCGGGGGCGGCCACUCCUACAGCUCAUCGGGCUCUUACAGCUACUCGCGCUCUUACGGCUAUGGCCGACGAUAACGCUAUGUACGUCCAACAUCAAAUACUCUCCUCGCGUUAAGAGGGAGACCACGCUUACCUACGAAUUCAGCAUUGGUUUGGACAAUAGUUGUGUAUAAAUACUUCUGUUUUAAGCGAAAUACAUUUGUUUUGUACAAAGA